AUGCCGUUGGAACGACUAACUGACACCGGGCGGCACGAUGCGCGAGUAGAUCAGAGCAGCGCCGCGGAGCAGACAAGCGACGACAUGUGCACGGGGGACGACGGAAGGGAGGAGUACGACGCGCUGGUGGUCGGCGCAGGCAUUGCGGGAUGCGCGCUCGCUUACUCCCUCGGAAAGACGGGUCGGCGAGUGCUGGUGUUGGAGAGGGAUCUGACGGAGCCAGAUCGGAUCGUGGGCGAGUUGCUGCAGCCCGGCGGCUAUCUUAAACUCUUCGAGCUGGGAAUGCAAGACUGCGUGGACGGCAUCGACGCGCAGCGCGUGGACGGCUACGCGCUCUUCAUGGACGGCGGGGAUUGCAAGGUGUCGUACCCCACGCUCUCCACGGCGCAGCUGCACAUGCUCUUCGCGGGCCACCGCCUCGACUCGGCGGGCAUCGCAGCGGGAGAUGAGAUGUGGAAGGUGGCGGGGCGGGGGUUCCACAACGGCCGGUUCGUGCAGCGCCUGCGCGAGAAGGCGGCGUCGCUGCCCACAGUGACGUUGAGAGAGGCGACGGUGCUGGGCCUGCUGGAGGACGGCGACCGCGUCACGGGCGUGCGCUACCGCGCCGCCAAGCGCGCGCCGGGCAGCGCGCAGGGCGAAGAGCGGGAGGCAAGCGUUUUGGGCGGGAAGGGCGAGACGGAGGAGGGCGAGAUGCUGGCGCCGCUGACGUUCGUGUGCGACGGCUGCUUCUCAAACCUCCGCCGCUCCAUCUCCAAAUCCAAGGUGGACGUGCCGUCGUCGUUCGUGGGGCUGCUGCUGCGCGACUGCCCCUUGCCGCACCCCAACUACGGGCACGUGGUACUGGCGGACCCGUCGCCCGUGCUCUUCUACCCGGUCAGCAGCACGGAGGUGCGCUGCCUCGUCGACAUCCCCGCCGGCACCAAAGUGCCCUCCAUCGCCUCGGGGGACAUGGCGGACUACCUCCUCUCCGCCGUCCUCCCGCAGCUACCGAAGCAGCUACAAGGGCCGUUCCGAGAGGCGGUGCGCGCGGGCGACAUCCGCUGCAUGCCCAAUCGCAUCAUGCCAGCUGUCCCCGUCACCCGCCCCGGCGCGCUGCUCAUGGGCGACGCAUUCAACAUGCGGCACCCGCUCACAGGUGGCGGCAUGACAGUGGCUCUGUCUGACGUGUCAGUGCUGACUCAGAUCCUUCGGCCACUCAAGGACUUCCGCAACACGCGGGCGGUCUGUGAAUACGCCGAGGCAUUCUACACGCGCCGCAAGCCCAUAGCAGCGACCAUCAACACGCUCUCCAUCGCGCUCUACAGAGUCUUCUGUGCCUCCAAGGACGAGGCCAUGAUGGCCAUGCGCCAGGCGUGUUUUGACUACCUGCAGCUGGGAGGGGCGUGUUCAGAGGGCCCCAUCUCGCUGCUCUCAGGGCUCAACCCGCAGCCGCUGAGCCUCGUGCUGCACUUCUUCGCCGUCGCCUUCUUUGCCCUCGCCCGCCUCCUCCUCCCCCUCCCCAAGCCCGGCCGUGUCUGGCUCGGCGCACGCUUGAUACAGGGAGCCGUUCAGCUGAUAGUGCCAAUAAUCAAGGCGGAGGGAGUAAGGCGAGUCUUCUUCCCAGCAGUCUGUCCCUCCUACUACAAAUCUGUCCCCGCCUCUGCACCGAGCGCGGAGAGCACUAAAUUAUGA